AUGGCGGAGAGGAGGAUGCCAGGCAGGGCGGCGGCAGACCCUGACUUCCUGCAGUUCAAUGAUCUGACCUGUGAGACGGUCGGAGGGAAGGUGAUCUUUGCCACAGACGAAUGGUUCGCUCCUGCUCAAAACCUGUUGAAGAGAGAGCCACCACAGUUCGUUGCAUCUGCCUUUACUGAGUUUGGAAAAUGGAUGGACGGGUGGGAGACGAGGAGGAAGAGAAUAUCUGGUCACGACUGGUGCAUCAUCCAGCUGGGAGUGCCGGGGCUGAUUCACGGCUUCGAUGUCGACACGUCCUUCUUCACUGGAAACCACUCUCCUCACGUCUCCAUCCAAGCCGGUUGUCUGGACCAGCUGCCUGCCUUCACUCUGGAAGGAGACCGGACUGGCAUGGCCGCCUCCGACAGUCAGAUGGCUGCUGUCGCCAAGCUGGGCUCGGAGGCGUGGCCAGAGUUGGUGAGUGUGUCUGAGCUGCAGCCUGGAUACUCAGACUGCUGCCACAACUACUUCAGGGUCAACUGUAACUGGAGAGUCACACACCUGCGCCUCAACAUGUACCCAGAUGGAGGGAUAGCCAGGCUGCGGGCGUACGGCGUCGGGCAGAGAGACUGGUUGUCUGUCUCCACCAACCAGCUGGUCGACCUGGUGGCUCUGACCAAUGGCGGAGUCUGCCUCGGCUACAGCGACGCCCAUUUUGGGCAUCCACGCAACAUGAUUGGUCUUGGUCGAGCUGCCAACAUGGGGGACGGAUGGGAAACAGCCCGGAGACUGGACCGACCCAAAGAGCUGAAGGUGGACCAGCGGGGGAUCUUGCAGGUGCCUGGCUGGGAGUGGGUGGUGUUUCGACUCGGUCAUCCCGGACUGAUCAGCAGCAUCGAGAUCGACACCAACCACUUCAAAGGUAACUUCCCAGACUCCUGCAGGAUCGAGGCGUGCACUUUGACCCCCGAAGAGGAGGCUCAGUGCAUCAGGACGAGGUGGAAUUCUGGGAAAUGGCAGGUCCUUCUUCCUCCUCAGAAGCUUCGUUCUCACCACAGGCAUCACUACAGUGAGACGGAGCUGACGCUGAGUCAUCCUGUCAGUCACGUCCGUCUCAUUAUCGCUCCAGAUGGAGGAGUCAGCCGCCUCCGGCUCUGGGGUCGACUCACGCCGACCACUGCAGCUUCGAUCAAUCAGAGGAGACCAACAUCUAAACUCUGACACACCUCAGACCUGCAGAUCGAGAGGGUUUAAAUAUGUUAGUUUGCAGUGUGCAAAUAAAUCAUGUGACAGUC